UGGCCUUGGCGGUAAGAUCGGAAAGGCUACCAGCACAAGAGGCGGCUGUUAGCGAUGCAACAGACUUGUUCUGGGAUGUCCCCUUCUAGGCCCGGGGGGACCCAUUGGACCUGGAUAAGCCCCGCCUAGGAUUUUGCCGACCACUCGCACUUCCACCAGUUGCCCUGGAUUCUACCUCUAGCAAACAUAAAAACGUAAAAGACCAGGAACGCAAGGUACAGAAUCAAGAAGCCAGUCUACGGCUCUUCACGAACCCCUCAUUUGCCUAGUAUUCUAGGCUGUCGGCGAAGCAAUCCACUUGCUUCCAGACGGCACACGCCUCAGUCGACAGGCCUUCUCUCCCUUCCCCCUUGGACGGACUCAACGGCCCAGCGGCAACUGUAUCUAACAAUGGCCUCUAAAGCGAUGUGGGAAGUAGAUCCCGAGACAAGGUCUAAGCUCGUCGCAAUACAGAAGGAAUCGAAGAACAGCAUCUGCUGCGACUGCGGCGCACCGAGUCCACAAUGGGCAUCCCCGAAAUUCGGCAUUUUCAUCUGCCUCUCGUGCGCUGGCGUCCAUCGCGGCCUGGGGGUGCACAUCUCGUUCGUGCGGUCCAUCUCCAUGGACGCCUUCAAAGCGGCUGAACUCGAGCGUAUGCGGCUGGGCGGCAACGAGAACUGGCAAUCGUUCUUUGAGAACCAUCCCGAUAUCAAAAUGCGCGGCCUGAGCUGGGACGACGCAACCAUCGCGGAGCGCUACAGCGGCGAGGCCGGGGAGGAAUGGAAAGAGCGGCUAAGCGCCCAGGUGGAGGGCCGCGAAUACGUGCCUGGCGCCGAGAAGAGUCCCGUCUCCACCAGCCCGUCACCAGGGCCUUACUACACUGCGCCGACCCGGAGCGGGCCGAGAUCGAACCCGUCCUUGGAGGACAGCAGGACGUCCAGCCCGGUCCCAGGCAAGAUCAAGGUAGACGAUAAAUUCUUCAAUAAACUUGGCGCAGAGAAUGCCAACAGGCCCGACUAUUUGCCGCCCAAUCAAGGCGGCAAGUUUACCGGCUUUGGUAAUACGCCAGUGCCGCAGAAGAAGGAGGACCAGGCGCUCCCCGGCCUCGACGAACUUCAGAAGGACCCCGUAGCUGCUCUGAGUAAGGGGUUCGGAUGGUUCACAUCUACGGUGACUAAGACGGCCAAGACGGUUAACGAUGGCUUUAUCCAACCGACGGCCAAGCAGAUAUCCGACUCUGAAUUUGCAGCCCAAGCUCGGACAGCAGCAGGCCAAGUGGCCAAGACGGCGCAAGCAGGAGCCAAGAGCGCACAGGAAGGCAUCUCUCGGUUUGUCGAGGGCCCUUCAGCGGGCGGCUACAGACAAGUUCCAUUGGACGAGAGCAAGAGGUCGUUCUGGGACGAGUUCGCCAGCAAGGCAGACCAGCGGAAGGUGGGCAGCAGCUCAAUAGGCACGUCGGCCAUGGGAAAGGGGGCCACGGGCGGCCCAGGUCCUUCAAAAACCACCAAGGACGAGUGGGAUGACUGGUGAAGGACUGAGAGGUCAACAUUGUGGUGUAGUUGUUAGGAACAGGGGUUGAAGAGAGGGCAAGGGGUGUGGUCUCUGGCGGGUGUCACAUGCGCGCGCUCUAUUGGCCGUCUGGGCAGAUUCUAGUGCAGAGAUGGAGAGACGAUGAGCUGCAGAACAGUGCAAAGCGAGGUCUGGAUCGGGUAUCAGUGUUGGUAGGUAGGAUAAUAUAGACGAGGCGAUGCGCUAUCUAAUUUAGCCCUUACUUCUAAAUAAAAAAAAUUCAUUUAUAUAAGAUGUA